UCUUAUGUCACUUGGUUUGGGGUUGCGUGGUGACAGCGCAACAACUGGCGAGAAACGAUACAAAUUGUCUCGCAGCCGAGAGCUUCAAAUGGACCUUUUCGAAGAUGAUACGACAUCUUAGCUAGAUAGAAGCAGUUCCUUUGCACUUGGCUGAGAAAUGAUGACAGCCAGGACGUGACGAACGCGGGCUUUGAUCGGUGAGGAUCUUUGGACUAAGUCUGAGCUAGCGGAACCGCCAGUAUUGCGCUGUCCCAACUGGAGGCAGUUCACACUUGCACGGUGUCGGUGUCGGUGUCGGUGUCGUUGCAAGUCAAAGUUUGCCGGAUCACGUCUGCAUCAAUAGGCCGUCGUGAAGGCGAUCUGAUCUUCCCCAUACAGAAGCUUUCAAACGUAUAAACAACCUUUUGUUACAUGGACCGAUGGACAUCAAGGCUUUUCAAGAUUAGAUGGCCAGGACGAAGGAGAGAUUUCACCCCGUUGUCCUGGAGUCAGUACUUUGAAACCAUGGAAGAUGUUGAAGUGGGGAAUGAAAACGGCAAAGACAUUUUCAGAGUUUACUGCAGCGGAAGUCACGGUCCCGUGCUGCUCCUGCUCCACGGAGGAGGACACUCUGCUCUCUCCUGGGCUGUCUUCACCGCCGUCAUUUACAGCAGGAUUAACUGCAGGGUGGUAGCAGUGGACCUUCGAGCACAUGGCGACUCCAAAGUGAAAAAUUCCGAAGAUCUUUCUGCAGACACGAUGGCCAAAGAUAUUGGCAAAGUGGUGGAGGCGCUUUAUGGAGACGACCCACCGCCAAUCAUGAUUAUCGGGCACAGCAUGGGCGGGGCCAUAGCGGUCCACACCGCCGCCGCCAAUCACAUCCCUUCGCUGCUCGGCCUCUGCGUCAUCGACGUUGUCGAGGGUACGGCGAUGGAUGCUCUGAACAGCAUGCAGAAUUUCCUGAGGAGUCGGCCCAAAUUGUUUAAAUCGCUGGAAAAUGCCAUCGAGUGGAGCGUGAAGAGCGGCCAGAUCCGAAACAUCGAGUCGGCGCGAGUGUCGAUGGGAGGCCAAGUGCAUAAAUGCGAGGAGUCCAGCAAGACCCCAGUGGUCGCCACAAGCAUCGGUGAAGGUAUAAUAGAAGAAGAAGAAGAAGAGGAGGAUGAAGCGGGGGAAGAAGAGUCCAACAAGAAAAGAAUGAAGGAAGAUGACCAGGAGUGGUUGCAGCCCAAGAAAGACGGCAUCUUCACGUGGCGCGUGGAUUUGGCCAAGACGGAAAAGUACUGGGAGGGCUGGUUCAAAGGCCUGUCUGCACUUUUCCUCACGUGCUCCGUGCCAAAACUGCUCCUGCUCGCAGGGGUGGACAGGCUCGACAAAGAUCUGACCAUCGGACAGAUGCAAGGGAAGUUCCAGAUGCAGGUCCUCCCGCAGUGCGGUCACGCCGUCCACGAGGACGCACCCGAAAAAGUCGCCGACGCGCUCGCCACGUUCAUGGUCCGCCACAAGUUCACCGACUUUAAAGAAGGAUUUCUCUGGUAAUUUCGUAUGUUGCCGUAGCAGAACAUUUGGAAGAAUCAUCAACAUUGUUCGACGGCAGACUACAGAGAAUAUAUAUAUAUAAAAAACAAAACAUUUGUUCAUGUAGAUACUCUGCCUUUCAGCUUUGCCUUAUUUUGUCGUAAAACAAGAAUUUGUUUGUCGGGGGCAUUCUCUCUCUCUCUCUCUCUCUCUCUCUUUUUUUUUUUUUUUUCUGGUUAUAAAAUGUGUUGAUAUUGGCAAAUAACGAUUGAAAAGAUGUCACGCGUGCGUUUUGAAUGUGUACAAUUUAGCAAUGAUGUCACGUAGCAAGUUUAAUACAGCUGAUUGAAAACAAGGGCGUCGAAGAGUCUCCGUUGUAGUCAACGAACUUUUGCACGCUUCCGAAAAGUUCAGAUUUGAUACCCGCGCAAUCUGCUGGCCCAUGAACGACGUUGCUUUUUUUUUUUUUUUUUUUUUUAAGUUUUCAAUCAAAAAUUCUUCCCGCAGUUGCACUCAAAAUUAUUUCAACCCCUUUGCAAAUCAAGUUUGUACGGAGCCCCUAAAGGGACAUUGAAACACAAAACAAAACUUGUUUCUCAUUGUAAUGAGUAAGUUUUCUCAUUACUCACUAAUGAGUAAGUUUCUCAUUACAAUGAGAAAAACAAGUUAAGUUUUGUUUUUGUUUUUUUUUUCCCCAAUGUCCCUUUAGGUGCUCUGUAAGUUUGCAGUCAAGCACCAACAAUUGUUACGUAUAACACGUAUCACGUUGAAAGGUUUUAUGAAUGGAAAUUAAUCCAAAUGAGUGCUGCUGUAUAGAGAAAACGUACUUUUCAUUUGUGUGUAUUGCCGCGUGAGCUGUAAGCCGAGAAAAAUGGAGCGCAUUCAUUUCAUAUCAAAAGUAGCACACGGGUAUCGGAUGGACACAAACUCCCGAGCACUUUUCUUUUCUGUAUUUGGUGAAAUAAAAUGAGCAAUGAAA